UUUUUUUUUUUCCCAUUUUGGAGUGUCUGCUUUGUCUCUGCCACUUUACUGCUACUAUUUCAUCAUGUUGAAGCCGGUUGCAUUGCUCCUCCUGCUGGCAGGUGUGGUCCACACUGCCUCCCCUGUGUGCACUGUGACUGGCUCCACCGUCAUCGACUUCUUCAACAGAAUCCAGUCGGUCCCGGAUCGCUGUACUUACACACUGACAGGAGAUGGCACUGUUGUACUAUUGGCGAGUUUCCGGGAGCGAAGCCGUACAGAUGUGCCAUUUUUGGACUCCUUGACAAUAAUUGCGGUAGUUUCAACAUCUUCCUUGGACGUCUAUCGAUAUCUAUCAAUCUAUCUUGCACAAGGGGGACUAAUUAAGGUUGAUGGCCAAACACUAACUCUCAAUGCCACGGCUCAGCUGAUCAAUGGUGUGGAGUUCUCCAAAGACCAGAAUGGAGUUACUGUCCGGAUGGGUUCUUUGCUCACAAUCUCUUUUGAUGGCAACACUGCAGUAAUCACAGGAGCUACUACAGCGGCAGAAGGCUUGUGUGGUAAGCCCAUGAACCCCAGUCAGACCUUCAUCCUGGCUACUGAGAAGUCUUCCUCCAGUGUGGCUGGCUGCCAGGUCCUGUACAGCGACACACCCAACAAUACGACCAACUGCAACAUUACAACUGAACACUGUAAUCUCCUGAUGCAGGCACCCUUCACAGAUUGCCACAGCCAAGUUGACCCAGCUCCCUACAUAACCGCCUGUGCAGAAACUUCGUGCAAAUUCCCGACCGAGGAAGGCCUCGCUCUCAGCUGCCAGUUUUUUGACGCUUACGCAAAGACCUGCGGUCUGAACCCCAACAUCACACUGGGCGACUGGAGGUCACCGACAGUUUGCCCUGUCCCUCUGGUCUCCUGUAUGGAGAUGUACUGCAGCCAUAAUGAGUUCUGCGACGAGAACAACGGUGAACCCCAUUGCCUCUGUCGGGCUCUUUUUGCCGCCAAGUACACACCAACAAACUCUUUAGGCAACCCGGCAGUCUGCAUGGGGAGCUCUGCCACUCUUACUCUGGCUGGAUGUCUGCUCAGCGCCAAAAACAUCGACUACACCACCUUACACCUCCUAGACGAGAGCUGCAAAGGACACAUGGACAACGAGACCCACAUGGUGACUUUCAGCUUUGACUGCAGCAACACCUGUGGGACCGAGAUCAUGAGCAUCAACGGAAGCCAAAUCAUCUACCAGAACACCAUCACGAUGCAGAACGGCUCCGCGGACAUAAUCACCCGCCAAAAACAAGUCAUUAUCGACUUCUCCUGCUUGUACACAGUGCCAGACCUCACGAGUGUGUCCUUCAAAAUCGAAGAGAGCUCGGUGGUGCGGGAGAUUGCAUCUGGAAUUUGGAGUUACACUCUGAUGAUGAAUGCAUACACCGACGGCGAAUUCAGGACCCCUGUCGGACCGGACACUGAGCUGGUGCUGGACCAGGAGGUCUGGGUGACGCUGAUGACUGAGGGGCUGAACAACAUGGUCUCCAUAGUGACCGACUCCUGCUGGGCGACCAACCAGCCAUCACCAAAUGCAAGUCUGCGAUACGACCUCAUCAUCAACGGAUGCCCGAACCCCGCUGACCAGACAGUGAGUAUGCAGGGAAACGGACUGGGAACAUUCAACGUCUUCUCUUUCAACAUGUUCCAGUUCUCUGGGAAAGCUGGUGACAUCUACCUGCACUGCCAACUGGUGCUGUGCCCCAAACACGGCAACUCCUGCGCUCCGAGCUGCAGCGGAGGUGGCAGGAGGCGCAGAUCUCUAAGCUCUAAAAGAGCAGAUAAAAACCCAGCCCUCAUCACUAUGGCCUGGAAUAAUUAAAGACCGCUCCCCUUUUUGCUCGAUUACAUGAUGGUUCCUGACUUAAGCUUCGUCCCCAUAAAGAGCCUGAGAUGUCACUGAGCAUCUGAAAGGUGAUUGUUGAUCUUAGCGCUGUGCUUGUUUAUGUGGGUUCUGAUUAAUAAAUGUAUUCCAGAAUAGGCUAUAGAUCAUGAUUUAUUGGGAGAAACCAAGCAAUUCUAUGUAGAAUCAGACACUCAGACCCCAUAUAGACCGGGGAAUGGUCCUCUGUUUCAUAACAUUUUCCAUUGGCAGUCAAAGUGACUUAACGUUAACAGACUCCUUGAAAUGUACACAGCCUAAAUGCUACCUCGUGAAUGCAGAAACAGAAUUUCAGAGUUUUGGUGAAGUUAAAAGAAGCUUUGCGGCGAGAAGGUUUUGAGAUCCAGUGGAAGGAAAAUACUGAUGUGAAUGUCAACAUUAAAAUAGAAGAUUGAAGUUCCUAAAAAUGAAGGUUGUCAGUUAAACUGGCUGUAAUUGCACUAAGACAUGCUGUUGUACCAUUAUUAUGGUAUGACUGUUACAAAAAUAAAAAUGAUGGGGGGGGAAAAACCAUGA